AUGACUUCUUCCAACGCCGACCAGCGACUGGAUCAUCUGCUCAGCGCCGUGGAGAGCGAACUCCAGAAAGGCAGCGAAAAGGGAGACGCGUCGGAACGGGAUAUUAAACUGGAACUAGACGACGCAGAUCUUUGGGGAAAGUUCAAAGAACUCACUAAUGAGAUGAUAGUAACGAAAACUGGAAGACGGAUGUUUCCCGUUCUGCGAGCGAGCGUCGCGGGCCUAGACCCCAACGCCAUGUACUCCGUCCUCCUGGACUUCGUUGCUGCGGACAACAACCGUUGGAAGUACGUGAAUGGCGAGUGGGUGCCCGGCGGGAAGCCGGAGCCGCAGAGUCCCAGCUGCGUCUACAUCCACCCGGACUCGCCAAACUUCGGUGCGCACUGGAUGAAAGCUCCCGUCUCCUUCAGCAAAGUCAAAUUGUCCAACAAGUUCAAUGGUGGUGGUCAGAUUAUGCUGAACUCCCUGCACAAAUAUGAGCCCAGGAUACACAUCGUCAAAGUCGGCGGCAUUCAGAAAAUGAUUAGCAGCCAGUCAUUCCCAGAAACGCAAUUCAUCGCUGUGACAGCCUACCAGAAUGAAGAGAUCACAGCUUUGAAGAUCAAACACAACCCCUUUGCCAAGGCCUUCCUAGACGCUAAAGAGAGAAGUGAGCAUAAAGACGUCCCCGACCACAGCACUGACAACCAGCAGUCUGGCUAUUCACAACUCGGCGGUUGGUUCCUGCCCAGCAACGGUCCCAUCUGCCCCAGCAGCAGCCCUCCCCAAUUCAGCACCAACCCGGCCCACUCCUCGGGCUCCUACUGCGAACGCUACUCGGGCCUCAGGAGCCACCGCAGCGCCCCCUACCCCAGCCACUACCCCCACAGAGGCACCCCAACAAACAACUACAUGGACAACAGUGCGGGAGGCCUGUCCAGCCACGACAGCUGGUCGGCCCUGCAGAUCCCCAACUCCACUGGCAUGGGCACCCUGUCACACACCACCAACACCACCUCCAACAGCAGCCAGUACCCCAGCCUGUGGUCGGUGGCCGGCACCACCAUCGCCCCAUCGGGCUCCUCCUCCGGCUCCAUCCCCGGCGGCCUGACCUCCCAGUUCCUGCGCGGCUCCUCGGUCUCCUACUCCGGCCUCACCUCCUCGCUGCCCGUCUCCUCCCCGUCCCCCAUGUACGACCCGGGGCUGAGCGACGCCGGGGUGGUGGGCGUGGGUGACGCCCAGUUCGAGAGCUCCAUCGCCAGGCUAACGGCCUCCUGGGCACCCGUGGCACAGAGUUACUGAGUACUACUGUAGACGGCUACCGAGACGAACUGGAGACUGUAGACUGCUACUGAGAUGAACUGGAGAUCAACACAUAGACAAACACAGAACAUAAGCCAUUUCACAGAAUGUUGAUGUUGAUGUUGAAGACAUGCAACAGAGAGAGAAGCAGAAUGAUCUCUUCCUUUCUUCCAUCCUUCCUCCCUCCCUCCCUCCCUCCAUCCCUUCCCUCCUGACAUGGUUCCCCAGAGGGACCUUAUGGUUCCCCAAAGGGACCUCAUGGCCUUUUGAGCCCCCUGGAGGUGGGACUGUGAACCGUCUCUCUGCUUCUUCCUCUCUUCAGCUUUUCAGCUUCACUGAGAUUUGGGAGGCAUUGGCUGGGGAUCAAGAUGGAACACUUAACAAGCCAGCCAGGCAUGAGUAGUGCGAGGCCAACUUCUCUCCUCUCCUCCUCUCUUCUCUUCAUUCUUCACUUCUCUCCUGUUCACUGUCACAGAUGGGUGGUGCACUGACAAGCGUACCCUAGAGUGAGACAAUCAUCCAGAGACUGAGAACUCAGCAAAGCGGGAAGAGGGUCUAAAGACGAGAGUAUAGUAGUCUCUCAAAGCAAGGGGCCAAUGUUUGGCGUUUGUAUUGUCCACUGCUGCAUCUGUGUCACAUAGAAAAAUAUUAUUAAUACUAUAAUUAUUAUAACUAAAAUGGGAUGACAUCAUGAUCUGUUUGUGUGUGUAAAUGUGUAAAUAAAUAAUUAUUAUUUCUGUAUUUUCUGCUGGUUGUAUGAAGGAGUUUCUACUCUGAGUAGAACUAAAAGGGAUGAAAAGUGUCAUUUUCAAACAAAGUGAAGUUCCCCUCUAUAUGUGUUCAUCCUGAAAAGUGUUCCCUCUAAAAAAAACACAUGUACAGAUCUAUCUAUUUGUAAUUGUUUUAUUCGCCAUGCGUUUUAUUUAUAUUGUUUUUAAUAAUAAAUUAAGAAAAGCUUUA